GAUGGGAAUAGUGGUAGCAAAGAGCGUAACAACAUCGAUUGGGACACUGAUGAUGAAAUUGAGAUAAUGGAAAGUGUAGGCACUUCCUCUUGUUCGGGUCCUAUAUUUCCUAGUCGAAAAGCUAUUGCAGGCUCUAUGGAGAUUUUUGUUAUGAUAGGAGAAAGUAAUGCAGAAGCCGUACUUGAAUCUCUUCUUACAUUCUCGGCCCUUGAGAACCUUGCCCAAGAAAAAGAAGAUGUUUCUAAUGAACCAUGCUCUUCUAAGCCUGAAAGUGUUUUUAAGGAUGAGUUCUCAAAUGUGGAUAGCUGCCCUAGGAAUGAGGAACACACAGACCAAUUACUUAAGAAGGAUAUGGCAUUGUCACUUCUAAUGGAAAUGGGUUACCAAGCUGAGGAGGCUUUGACUGCCAUUGAAAGAUGUGGUUAG